AUGAUAAUAUUUAUUUAUAUCUAUAUUUUAUUUAUAUUAAAGAUUAGUUAUUUAUUCUCAAAAAAUGCAGAUAAAAGUAUAUUACGUAGGAGAACAUAUAUAAAUAAUGCACUAAAAGAAUUAGGAAAAAAUAGGACAGGACAAAUAAAAAAUGUUAGAAGUUAUAUAAAAAUAAAAUUAUGCAAAAAUGAUUUAAUAGAUAUAAUUAAGAAUAAGAAGCAAAUAAAUGUUGGUAUAUUCGGUAGCACUGGUAGUAUAGGAACUAAUGCUCUCAAUAUUAUAAAGGAAUGCAAUAAGAUUGAAAAAAUUUUUAAUGUUGAAGCUUUAUAUGUCAAUAAAAGUGUAAAAGAGUUAUAUGAACAAGCAAAAGAAUUUUUGCCAAAAUAUAUAUGUAUACAUGAUGAAACUAAAUAUGAAGAAUUAAAAAAAUUGUUGCAAAAUAUAAAAAAUUAUAAACCAAUAAUAUUAAUUGGUGAUGAAGGUAUGAAAGCAGUAUGUAGUGAUAAUAACAUAGAUAAAUUAGUUAUUGGAAUUGAUUCGUUUCAAGGAAUACAUUCAACAAUGCAUGCAAUUAAAAAUAAUAAAAUUGUUGCAUUAGCUAAUAAAGAAUCUAUAGUAUCAGCAGGAUUUUUUCUAAAAAAAUUAUUAAAUGUACAUAAGAAUUCAUUUGUAAUUCCAGUUGAUUCUGAGCAUAGUGCUAUAUUCCAAUGUUUAGAUAACAAUAAGGUAUUAAAAAGUAAAUGUUUGCAGGAUAAUUUUUCUAAAGUAAAUAAUAUAAAUAAGAUAUUUUUAUGUUCUUCUGGAGGACCCUUUCAAAAUCUUUCUCUUAACGAUUUAAAAAAUGUUACUUCAGCAGAUGCUUUAAAACAUCCAAAAUGGAAUAUGGGGAAAAAAAUAAGUAUUGAUUCAGCAACAAUGAUGAAUAAAGGGUUGGAGGUUAUUGAAACUCAUUUUCUGUUUGACAUAAAUUAUGAUGAUAUUGAAGUUGUAAUACAUAAAGAAUGCAUUAUCCAUUCUUGUGUUGAAUUUAUAGAUAAAUCUGUUAUAAGUCAGAUGUAUUAUCCAGAUAUGAAAAUUCCUAUUUUAUAUGCAUUAACAUGGCCUAAUAGAAUAAAAACCAAUUUGAAGCCAUUAAAUUUAGUUGAAACAUCUCCCCUCACAUUUCAUAAACCUUUGUUGGAUAAUUUUCCUUGUAUUAAAUUAGCUUAUUAUGCUGGAAAAAAAGGAAACUUCUUUCCUACAGUUCUUAAUGCCUCUAACGAAAUAUGUAAUAAUUUAUUUUUAAAUGAUAAAAUAAAAUAUUUUGAUAUAGCAGCUAUUAUAUCACAAGUUUUAGAAUCUUUUCAAGUACAAACAGUUUCAGAAAAUAGCGAAGAUUUAAUGAAUCAAAUUUUUGAAAUACAUAAUUGGUCAAAGGAAAGAGCUAUGGAAAUAUACAAAAAAAGAAGUUAUUGA